AUGUUGAACAAGAAAUCCAAGCAUAUGAUACACAAAUCCAUUCACAAAAGAAGAAAUAAGAAAGAUAGAAAUAAAAUAGUUUGUGCUAAAGAAAGAAUCCAGCCCUCUGUUAUCCCACCUGGUCUUCAACACACUGUAAUUAUAGAAACCACCAAUAAUUUAAAACCAAAAAGGAAGCAAGAAAAUGAAUGGAAAUUUGAGACUAUACUAAAUGUUGCAGCAGCAGAGCAGCAUGAGCAGCUCCUCCAAGAAAUGAUGAGAGAUGAAACAUCAACAGCAGUGCAGUUGAAGAAUUAUUGCUCUGUAUGUUUGUGUCUGUUUGCUCUGAGUCCCUUUAGAAGAUUGAUUGAGAUCAGUAGUAUGGGAUUGAUGGGGGUGGUGGGGAUGCAUAGAGGUAUAUAUGGCGGCGGCGGCGGCGGCAUAAAUGUUGAUGGAGGUGGUGGCGGAGAGGGAGAUGGGGGGGAAGGUGACGGUGGUGGUGGUGGAGAGUGUGGGUGUGGUGGAGGAGGAGAUGAUGAAGGUGAAGGUGGUGGUGGUGGUGAAUUUACAUAUGGUGGUGGUGGCGGUGGAGGAGGCGAUGGUGGUGGUGGUGGUGGCGACAGUAAUGGAGGUGGAUUGGAGGGCAAAGGCGGAGGCGGAGGUCGUGGCCUGAAUGUGGGUGAGGAACCAGAACUAGGUGGUGGCGGCGGACGGACAGGCGGCAUCGGAGGUCUUAUCACCGGCGGCCUUCUGAUUGGACUAGGCGUGAAAGACCCUCCCCCACCACACUGA